GCCCCGGCCCCGGCCCCGAUCCCGCGGUGAUCAUGAAUCAGGCAGAUAAAAAUCAAGAAAUCCCGUCUUACCUCAGUGAUGAACCACCUGAAGGGUCAAUGAAAGAUCACCCACAACAGCAGCCAGGCAUGUUGUCUCGUGUGACUGGCGGCAUCUUCAGUGUGACGAAGGGAGCUGUUGGCGCCACCAUUGGUGGUGUGGCUUGGAUUGGUGGAAAGAGUCUUGAGGUGACCAAAACAGCUGUUACAACUGUGCCUUCCAUGGGAAUAGGGCUGGUGAAAGGAGGCGUGUCUGCUGUGGCUGGAGGUGUGACAGCUGUUGGUUCUGCUGUUGUAAGCAAAGUGCCCUUAUCAGGAAAGAAGAAAGACAAGUCUGACUAAGAGAGGAGGUACACUUGUACACCUGCACACUUGUUCUCCACAGCAUAUGAUGCCAGUGGCAUUGAACUGCUCAAUUACAGACUACAGCCAAGUCAACCACUAAACUGCUGUGUUGAAAGUAUUGAUGGCUGGCUUCAUCUAAAACAAGAAGAGACCAAUACUAUCCCAGUGUAUGGAGGCUUCUCAUACUUAAGUUCAGCUUUUUAUCUGGAAAAAUGUUACACAUACUCAGUUGUAACUGAAGAUAUGGUCUGUUUAAAUAUUUGCUCUAAGUCUUUCAGUUUGACUAAAAAUGUGAAAGUUCAACUAAGUAGAUGACUUUACAGUUCCAUGUGUACAGUGUGCCAGGUGACUCAUGACCCUUAUGAAGGGACUCCUGAACUACAUAAACUGUACCUUUGAUGUGCCUAAUAGUUUCAGGUGUCUUAGUUUUUUUUAUAACUAUAGUGGUUUAGGCCAAGAGGCAUUUUAUUUAAGCUGGCAGAAAAGUAGCAGGAAUUCAGAAGUUUAAAAGAUGAAUGGUUUAUGAUAUUGUUAAUUGUUUUUUGUUAGAUAAACAUUCUGUUUGUUUAAUCAUUGAUGCCUUACAAAAGAAAACAUCUUUUCUAAUACCUUAAAUUUGUGCAGUUCUUAUAAUUAUCAGUGAAUUCUUUUAAAGGUUGUAAAACUAGUUUUCCCCCUUAAGAAUCUCAGGAGUAUUGAGGUAAAGGCGUUUCCUGGUCUCAGUGGGUAAGAUAGCACUUGUUAGCUGUUGUCAGUAGUUAGCAUCAAACACAUGCUUUAGUUGGGUUCAUGGUCCUAUCAGUAAUACACCCCACAGUGCCUAUGGAACAUUUCUUAGCUGAUCAAAAGCUGUGUGGGAAUAGUCUUAGAUUAAGAAGGAACAAGUAUUAGUUUUUAAAUUCUUAUAAUUAUCUGAAGCAUCUAAGAUAAUUCUUCAUGCAUAUUCUGUCUUUAGGAUGUCUUAAAUUAUCAGUAGCAGUUCCUUUAUAAGUGUAAUACAAGCAGCCACCAAUAUAUUAAUGAGGAUUGACUCUUCAGAUGAAUGAGAUGGGCUCCAUACAUUGGCUUUGAAUAAAAAAUAUAUAAGUGCUUUCAAUGACUUAUAUAGGUUUUGUUUUUUUGUUUUUGGCUUGUUUUUGUUUUAGUUUUAAGAUGGGAUUGAUCUCCUGUAGCCUAGGCUGGUCUUGAACUGGAUAUGUAGCUGAGGAAAACCUGGAGCUCCUAAUCCUUUUGCCUUUGCUUCCCAAGUGCUGGGAUUCAGGCAUGUGUGAGACACCAUGCCUGGUUUAUGUGAUGCUACGGAUGGAACCCCAGACUGCAUGCAUGCUAAGCAAGGAUUAUAUCAGUUGAGUUGCACCUGCAGUGGGAUGUAUUCAUGCUUUUAAGAUAGGUUCUUUAUAAUCCUUUAAAGCAGAUAUAGACAUACCAUUUUUCAAGUCAGUUUCAGUAGGGAGGUGACUUUUAUAUGGAUGGUAAGUGUGUUGUCUUGAUGUGUCAUCUUAGCUCAUUCAUUCUUACAGAGCGUAACUCAAAAGUCCAUUUCUUUUUGUUUCAGUGUUCAGUUUCAUGGAAAUUUAAUGAUUGAAAUAUAUAUUUGGCAUUUAUUUUAUAAUCUAAGCCUGGGGGAAAAAAUCUUAAAUUUUCUUUAUGCCGAAAACUAGAAAUGUGUCUCCAUUUCUGCCCCUUCUAACUUCCUGGGAAGAGGAUGGGUGUGGUGCCUUGACAUAGAUAAAUCAACAUGUAGUGUCCCAGAGAACAGGAGAUGAUCACCCUAACAAACAUUUAAGUGUUUGUAACUCUUUAAGAGUGUCUAUUAGUAAUGUGAAUCAACAACUAGGUAAAACAUCAUAAAUAACAGCAGAACGUCCAGGAAAAUCCAUAAAUGUUCUUGGACCUUUAUACUUGCUUACACAAAACUUAAAAUCAUUGAGGAGUUAAAUUCAGAAGGAAUUAAAUGGCCAUUUAGUUCAUGUACCGUAAUUUAAGAGACAUUUGUUGGUACAUCUGGUGAAAUGUCUUAACAAAUGGUAUUUUUUUUUUUUUUUUAAUUCUAAAGUUAAAUAGACCCAGUCUCAGUGAUCUGAAUAAUGGUAUUGGAGAACUUGAUUCCUGCUAUUUAGAAAGAAUUGCUUCAUUGCUAGUUUAUAUUUCUAACAGGCUCUGCUCUGCUUUGUCCUUGAAUUUGUCUAAGUGUAGACUUAGUUUAUAUGUGCUUGCAUAUUUAUUUUCAACUUAGCAAAGUCUUUAAAAUCUCUUGAGGAAAUGGCUAUAACUAAUUUUUUGCUACAGAAAAGCCACCUGGUAAAUUUUCUCAAUUGUCUUAAACGCUAAAGUACAAUUUUGUUCAGAGGGGCUUUUUCAACAUAGCAGAGAACUGUACAGAUGUACAGUUAGCUGUAGUUCUAACUGAAAUGAACUUGCCAUUUGAUGAUGUAUACAGCUAUAUACUUGAGUCUCUUCCAGUUUAUUUCUGUCGACUAGCAAUUUCACCUGUUAAACAGGACUAGUUCACUUCAGAAACUAUGGCUGUUGUAUACACCUAGAAGCAUCUGUUAUUCAGCUCCUCUUUUGAGUGGGUUUUGGCACAGUGAAGAUAAAUUUGUGUGAUCCACUUGAAUAAAUGAUCUAAUAAUGUUGACAUAUGAAUACUGUAUUUAGUGAAAUGUCAGAUGAAAAUAGCUGAUUGAAUAAUGCGGGUUUUUUGUAUUAAAGGGAUGGGAAAGAACACAUGAAUCUGAUAAUAAAGGACUAUGAUCUGCAAAGAUGGAAUGUUUCAUAAAGAUAUACAGAAAUAAAGGCAAUUUGUAAACAGGA